GAAAUUUCCGAAAAUAAAAAGAAAGACAAAAGCUUUUCUCAAUAGAAAUAAUUGACCAAUCAAGCAUUGUGAUUAAAAACAAAAGUCAUAAAAUAAGAUAAGGGGCUAAUUAGAAAAAAAAACUGAUAAUUUCUAUCAAAUAGAUUUCGUCUUGCGAAAUUCUCAAAUCAGUAGUGAAUUAAUUGCCAACGACAACACACUGAACAAUGCGUAACUUUUUGAAAUGAAAACUUUUGAUGGGCUCUUUCAAUUGUUUUUUGUUUUAUUUUGUUGUGGAACUAGUCGUAAACUAAGCCUAGAAUAAUAAUUCGGCGAAAACCAAAUAAAAAUAUUAAUGUACGUACGCGAGUGACAUCAUGUGAUUUACCUCUGAAGAGAUUACAAUCAAUUCAAUAAUUAUUUCAAACAACGAACAGAACUCAGCCAUCAUAUGUUUUUAUAUUUAAAGAAAAAAAAAAUGUUAGUAAGAGUGAAUUAUUGUUUAUUGGUUUCCUGUUAUAGAAAUCGUGUAUGUUCUUUAUCAAUACGAAGAAAAUGAAAAUUACAUCGACGCUGACACAUAAAAAUAUUAUGAAAGUUUUUGUAUUUUUGAUCUUUAUCACUUUGUGCAUGUGAAGAAAAUUGGAACAAAAAAAAAAGUUUACGAAACACAAAAACAGGACUAAACACAAACCUAAAACACCGAAUAGCGGUUACACUCGGCAACAACAAAUUAUUUUUUUAAUCAAAUAAUGGGAAAGUGUCAGUCGAAGACAGGACUUCCCAAUAGUGCUACAGCAAACGAUGGUGUGGAUAAAAAAGCAACGGAUCGAAAAGAAAAAUUAGAAGCAAAAAAGAAAAAGCGAAAUGAGAAGCGAAUGAAAGACAUGCAAAAUUUAAAGAAUCCAACAGCACCGCACGUACCGAAAAAGAUCGACCAAAAUACCAUCAAUUUGGACUAUGAUGCGGUGGCGAAACAAAGAAUGCAGGAUCAAUUGGCAAACGACAGUCAAAGUUUCAUAUUGAAUCAAUUAAUGCUGGCCGUGCAGUUUUUCGAAUAUUACGAAAAAGAAUUGGGCGAAGCAUUCGCGAAGAAUCGUCAGAAGGAAAGCGAAGAGACAGACAAAAUUUCCAGACACUGUAAAAGUGUACGACUGCCGGAUCAAUUACAUGAAGCUGUCGAUCAACGAGUGCGAUUUCGUGCAAGUCAUGGUCCAUCGAGUGGAAAAAUCGUUUCAAUUCAAACGCAAACAAUGUACGUAGUGCAUGAAAACAUCGAGGUUACAAAUUCCGGUGAACGAUCUGAAUACAGUAGUUUGAUGGAAGCACCCGUUUAUCGCAUGGAAAUUGAUAUUCCGACCGAUCGAAGUCGUCACACCGGUUACGUUCGACUGCGAAGCACCGAAGUGAUUUUAAAUCCCAAUUUUCACAGUAAGACCAUUAAAGAGGACGACGAAACCAGCGUUGAGCAUAAAAAUGACGAAGACAGUGACGACGACGAGUGCUUGCCGAAAAUUAAUCCCAAGUUCAGAGACAGCAUACUGAUAUUACCGAAUUCGAAAAGGCCGGCAUCACUUUUUACCGGAACAUACCAAAAUAACUUUAGUCAAUUAUCGAGUGCAUCAACGGAUAGUCUAACGCCCGAUGGAAGCGAAUAUGAUUAUGCAACCAUAACAGCUCUAAAUACGCGACAACCAUUGAGUGUGGUAAGAUCUGGACUCAGUCCAAGCGAUACAUUUAGCACAACAACCCUGCCGGACAUCUGCAUUACAAAUAUGCCGGUUUCAUCGAUCGGCAGUGAUGAUAUUGAAGAAGAUGAAGCAUGCGAAAUUAAGCAAUUCCUGAAUUCGAAGUCAUUCUGCACAUACUUCGCCAAUAUUUUCUACGACACUUUGGCCAAGGAUUUUGGCUUGACAAAAAAUCAAUUAGCGAACGCUACAUGCAAGGGUCCGGUUAUUCAAAUGCAUCCAUGGGAAAUUAUACCGGCCAUACAAUGUCCAUGGCCAAGAGAAGCUUUCGAAUGGAUGCAUCGACAGCGUGAAAUAAAAGAAAAUCCAGUGACGCGACAAAAGUUCCAAUGGCCCAAGCCAGACAUGGUCAAUAAGGUCGUACAAAUGGGCUGUCAUGUUAUACCGUUGGGAUAUGUACCAAAAAACGGUAUAAAUCCGCACAGAGAACUGGAAUGGAAAAUUGUAUUUCCAGAUGCAAAUAGAUACCUAGAGAGCUGUCUCACUAGUUCACAAUCGAAAAUUUAUCUGAUUACAAAAGUGCUGCUGCAAACAUUCGUCGAACCGCAUUUGGACAGCAAGUACAACAUGUUCACCGAUGAACAUCUGAGAAAUCAUCUAUUCUGGCAAUGUGAAAAUAAUUUUGCUGCAUGGCCAGAAACCUAUCUGGGUGAAGCACUAGUUCGAUUCCUCAAUUCACUAUUGGAACACAUUAAACGACAAAAAUUGCCGGACUAUUUUCUGCCGAAACGUAAUCUGUUCGAAAACAUACCGGAACGAAUAAUGGUCGAUCUGCAUAAACGCAUAUUUCGCAUCGCUGAAAAUCCACUAAUGUACGUUCUGAAAGCGGUGAAAAGUCUAAAGUAUCUGAACGAAUUCGGAGUCAUGUUUAACUGUCGAAAGCUGUACACGGCUAUUACAAUUGACGAUCCUUUGAAAAUGCUAAAUAAACAAUUCAGAACCGAGCUGGAAAAAGAUUGGGACGAGCCAAGUGAUUCGGAUGAUGGCGAGGAAGAUGUCCUCGGAAUUAUUGGUUAUCACAAGAAAUUCGAGAAAUCUAACGAGGUCAAACGUCGUCCAUCCCGAAAGGUUCGAUUUAUAGAAGCUGAAAAGAUCAAGCAAAUGGAAGAGGCGGCAAGGAAACCAAUACCUGACUAUAUUGACUUGACGUUUCCCGUCAUCAAGCACAUGGAACGAAUGCGCCGUGAUAUUAUUUAUAAAAUCUUCAUCGAUCACUAUCUACAGUGGGCGAAAAAAGUUCGAUCCGUCCGAUCGUACAGUUUGGCACUAAUUUUUCUGUUUCAAGCUCGUAGGCUCGCAAGUCUUUCACUAGAUGACGAUCCAAUGAAAGAUGUGAGCGAUAAAUGUGACGAGAUUGAAUCGUUGAUCGAAUUAGUGUUGAUCGACCAAAAUCGUGACAGUCAAACGAAGCCACAAUUGCCGCGUCGUGAAAGUUACGCGGAUGCUGGUAGUCGAGCUUUGUUUAGAGUAAAAAACCACGGUCAGAAGGGCGAAGAUCCAUACACCAACAUCAAUGGCGAGUCGAUGAAAUUCAAUAAUACUCCAGACAAUACCGAUGAUAUUGAGAAUGUAGAACAAGUGAGAAGUCCGAAAUUCCGAAAAUCAAUCAUCGCAUCGCCACGGCUCAACGAUCAUAUGGCCCGAAAAAAUCGAAAUAUUUUGAAAGUGCAAAUCCACGCGGAUUCGAAUGCGCCCAAUUCUCCAAUUAUGCCUCGAAGCUUUUACUCGCCGAUGACACCCUGUUCCCCGUCGUCCAUGUCUACAUCGCCAAAGAAAUCGAAAUUUUUCAACAACAAUAACGAGGAUGAUAUGAAGCCAAUUCCAAGUAUUGAGCUAGCCAAUUUCAUUAAUGGAUUGAUUCCAGCGUCCAAAACGAAUGGAUUCGAGCCAUCAUUUCAUGCCAAUAUCAAGCGAGAAUUCAGUGUGACAAGUAACGCAUCGGAGGAUUAUGUGACAGAGUUGUAGUUGUAGCGCAAUGUAUGUCGAAUUUUAUGUGUAAAUGUAGGAGAGAGAUGGAGUGCUUUUGCAGUAAAUAAUUUGAUUUUACUUAAAGGAAAACUGUUGAUUGAAUUUCAAUCAAUGAAAUAAUGUUUUUGUGAUAACGUAUUAUAAUGAUAGGUUGUAGGAUGUUGUGUAGGAUGUAACGCAUUUUUGUAUAAAAUAUAUUUUGCUGAGAACAUUUUCUUGACCACUUUGUGUAUG